AUGGCACUAUCGCGAUGUUCUUGUCGCAUAUGUUUGUCAGAGAAUGAGUUUAAUGUGUCUCUGUUCGGAAGUUUCUGUCGAAGAACAAACAUGCUUGAUAAAAUACUCGUCUGCUUAAAACUUGUUAUUGAAGAAUCGGACUAUCUUAACACGAUUUGUUACAAUUGUGUUAAUAAAAUUGAAAAUUAUUACGAUUUUAUAACAUUUGUUAAAAAGUGUCAAACAAAAUUAGGUAAUAGAGAGAUGUACGAACGCCAGAGAAAUAUAAACACCAAUGCAACAUCUAAUGUCCGUGAACAAGUGUACGACACAGAUAGUACUUUUUCGUUCCUCGUUAUGUCUAAUACCGAAGACAAGGAGGACGUCAAGUCAUCGAGCCCAUUUUUCUCCUACUUUUCACCGCCUAACGUUCUUAUAAAACAAUCUAAUGAACCGUCUUCUUGGAAAACUCCACGAUCACUGGACGAUAGUCUAAAUAUAAAGAUAAAACGAGAAGAUAAUUGUAAGAAGAAGAAUUGUAAGAAUUUUAGAACCGGGAGAUCCAGCCACCACUCCAGAGAUUUGUUCGAAUCCCAAGACACAGAAGAACAGGAAGUAAGUCGUCCUAACUCAUUAGACUGGAAGCUCCCCGAUAACAAUAUUAUCAAAAGGGUGAGGGAAAAAUGCUUCGGUCGUUCCGACUUUUAG